CGUUUCCAGAGGAUGGUUGCGUUGCUUUAUCUGAGACCUUUUCUGGUCUCAAAUAUGCUCAUACUAUUUUGCUUCUGUUGGUAUUCCAUAGUGCUGACAUAGUCUUCAGUGCAAGUGAUUCCAAUUGCAGUGUGGGGUUGGGUCGAGCCCACUUCGAGAAACAACCACCUAGUAACCUGCGAAAGAGCAAUUUUUUCCAUUUUGUGCUCGCCAUGUACGAUCGCCAGGGCCAACCAGUCGAGGUGGAAAGGACAGCAUUCAUAGACUUCGUUGAAAAAGAUCAGGAAUCAGAUAGCCAGAAAACCAAUAAUGGAAUACAUUAUAGGUUACAGCUGUUAUAUGCUAACGGUGUUCGACAAGAACAGGAU